CAGGCGCGCUCCGCGCAUGCCCGGUAGGCAGCGGCCGCAGCUUGGGCCCUCGCGCGGGGUCGCGAAGUGCCGGCUGCUCCGCUACCGUCAGGUAUGAAGGGCUGGGGUCUUGCAGCUGCCUCCUCGUUCCAGCGCCAUGGAAUGCCUGCGGAGCCUGGCCCAGCUCCAGCCCCGCGCGGUGAGGUUGCCCCGGCGCACCCUGUGCUCUUUGGCCUUGGGCUUGACCCCCGGGAUUCGCUCCGUUGCCGCCUGCGGCCGCGCUGCCCAACUGCUCGGAAGGAGGUGGGCCGCGCCGCUGUACGGGCCCCGCCGGCUCCCCACGGCAGGUGAAAUUCACCGGUUUAGAACUUCUGAUGUCUCUCAAGCCACUUUAGCCAGUGUAGCCCCGAUGUUUACUGUGACAAAAUUUGACAAAGGGGGAAAGGUUACUUCUUUUGAAAAGAAGAAAACUGACUUAUAUCAAGAAUUAGGUCUUCAAGCCAGAGAUUUGAGGUUUCAGCAUUUAAUGAGCAUCACAACCAGAAACAAUAGGAUUAUCAUGAGAAUGGAGUAUUUGAAAGCUGUGAUAACUCCAGAGUGUCUUCUGAUACUAGAUUAUCGUAAUUUAAAUUUAGAGCAGUGGCUGUUCCGGGAGCUCCCUUCACAGUUGGCUGGAGAGGGUCAACUUGUCACAUACCCUUUACCUUUUGAAUUUAGAGCUAUAGAAGCACUCCUGCAGUAUCGGAUCAACACUCUUCAGGGGAAACUUAGCAUUUUGCAACCACUGAUCCUUGAGACAUUGGAAGCUUUAGUGGAUCCCAAACAUUCUUCCAUAGACAGAAGCAAACUGCACAUCUUACUACAAAAUGGCAAAAGCCUGUCAGAGUUAGAAACAGAUAUUAAAAUCUUCAAAGAGUCCAUUUUGGAGAUCUUGGAUGAAGAAGAGUUGCUGGAGGAGCUCUGUCUGACAAAGUGGAGCGACCCACAGGUCUUUGAAAAGAGCAGUGCUGGGAUUGACCAUGCAGAAGAGAUGGAGUUGCUGUUGGAAAACUACUACCGAUUAGCUGAGGAUCUUUCCAAUGCAGCUCGGGAACUUAGGGCACUGAUUGAUGAUUCACAGAGUAUCAUAUUCAUCAACUUGGACAGCCACCGUAAUGUGAUGAUGAGGUUGAACCUACAGUUGACCAUGGGAACCUUCUCUCUUUCGCUCUUUGGACUAAUGGGAGUUGCUUUUGGAAUGAAUUUGGAAUCUUCCCUUGAAGAGGACCAUAGAGUGUUUUGGCUGAUCACAGGAAUUAUGUUCAUGGGAAGUGGCCUCAUCUGGAGGCGUUUGCUGUCAUUCCUUGGACGACAGCUGGAAGCUCCUUUGCCUCCUCUGAUGGCCUCUUUACCUAAAAAGACACUGCAGGCAGAUAGAAGGACGGAAAUGAAACACAGCUUCAGGCCGGAUGGACUUGAAUCAAGCAGGAGUGUCUUAACAAACCGUUAGGCACAACCCGGUGGAAACUGAAUUAUUUUUUUAUGGUAGUCAUGGGAGAAUUCUGAUAUUCUUCUAUUGUUUUCUUUUAUAAGAGUCAGAGACUUGGGGAAAAACCCACUGACAUUUAAAUUAUAGUGUCUGAUGUUAAAAAUAUUAACAGCAGUCACAGUACUAGAACUUAAUUGCAUUUUCAGGAUUCUGAGUAAAGAAACAAAGCGCUUGCUUUGUAAAACGCCAAAGUUUUAUUUCCUACAAACUUAAGAGAUUAACUUAACACAAGAAUAGAUUGUGGUAUCAAUUUUAUUUAAUUUAUACAUGUCAACAAAAGUGCAACCUCAUGCCAAAUGAAGCCUGGAAACUUGAGAAGCCCACAGUUAUGAGACCAGGUUGCCAUAGUUCUUAGUACAAGGAAUCACAUUCUUGUGAAUUUGUCACUCUCAGGUGACUGAAAAGCUAGCAGAAUAUAUGUUAACCUUAAAACAAACUGCGAGUUUGUGCUUUAAACCAGUCUUUGACAUAACCUUAUUUUCUUGUAUUUGCCCCCCUUUUAUAUAAGGAAUAAAAAAAGGAAAUGAGUUUAAUGUCAGCUUUAUAUAGGUUCCAGUUAAUCCGAAUUUUACUUCCUCAAUCAAUGAAACUAUUUUUCUUUGCUUGACUAUAAUUAAAGCUUUUGGGAAUUGAGCUGAAAGAAUUUCCAUUCUAUUACUGCUUUAUAGCUGUUUUGGUCAUUCCCUGGUUUUUAGAACAGAUAGACAUGUCACCCCAAAAAGGAAAAUAUAUGUAGCCUAGUUAAUCUAUUUGCCUACACCUUGGAGGUUGACAGAUGGGCUUCCUAAAACAAGAGGGUAGAUAAACUUUAAAAUUGUGAUACCUUUUUGUUUUCACAAUCAGAUUUGGGUUUAAAACAAAUGACUGAUAUUUGUAUGUCUCAAAGCUCCUAUCCUGGGGCUUCCCUGGUGGCGCAGUGGUUGAGAGUCCGCCUGCCGAUGCGGGGGACACGGGUUCGUGCCCGGGUCCAGGAAGAUCCCACAUGCCAUGGAGCAGCUGGGCCUGUGAGCCAUGGCCGCUGAGCCUGCGCGUCCGGAGCCUGUGCUCCGCAACGGGGGAGGCUGCGAUGGGGAACCAUGCAGCUAGUAUACCUCUUUCAGAAAGAUGAGACAGUCCCAGGAGUGAUCCAGAGGUCCUAUCUAGGUAUGUGCCUGUUUAUGCUGUUUUCCUAUAUACAUACUCACCUUAUGCUCACAGUUGUAAUUCUACUAGCUUUUCCUUGAUUUCUGAUUUAGCUAACUCUUCAGCUGAAUUCCUGUCUCCUUUGACCAGUCUCUGUACUGCCUCCAGAGAAGCUAAGAGAAGGGCUGUGGUCAUUUUUAAUUUUCUUAUGCUUUUUAGUAACAGUUCACUAGUGUCAGAAGAAAGAGGUUGUACCCUGACUGACAGAGAAUCAACUAGUUACUGUUUAUGGAUAAUAAUGCCUGCAGAUUUUUAGUGAAGCUGAAAUCCUAUGGUACAUUUCCUUUCCCUUAAAUAUGCCACCCUGCAGGACUGGCAGAUGAGAUCUACUCUGCUAAAACCAGCCCAGAAACAAGGGCGGCCAAGGCCUGCCUCACUCCUCUUGGUCCCUGGCCUCCGGCUCAGGACAGAUCUCUCUCCUUUCUGCUCUAGUUUUGUUGGCACAGCUUGUGGCAGCCUAAUGCACCCAAGGCUUCGUGGGAUGACGUCAGGCUAGCUCACUAGGUUCAUCUGCUGUUAGAACAGUCGUUUCUCCGAAAGCAUCUGAGGGCACAGUAAGAUGUUUUACUUUUUAUAUUUGUCUUUCACUAUAUGAAACAUUGAAAAUACAAUCAUCCUCAUAAGAAAGGACCAUAUCAUUUGCAAGAUGAUUUUGGAGUUGUGAGGUUAUGCCUCACCCCUUACUUUUCUCCUCACUCUGUUUCUGCUCUUUGUGCCUUUUUCCUGUAUACUGUGCUUUCUAUUUGUUUGAUUGGAAUGGGUCACCAACUUUAAAAGGACAUUUUUAGGAAGAAUUGUGUUACAGAGGUUUUCCUAAGAGAUAACCAGAGAGAGGCCUUUCCAGUCAUCAGACACAGGUUGUACAGCAGGUCUGAGCACAGGAAACAAGUUAGGAAUAAGUUUAGGUACAAAGGAAACAAACUUUGGAAGGGGACAUGACUAACCAGAGUAUUUGCUGUUUCACAUGCUUCUGAUGUUGUCCCCAUUUACUGUAUCCUAUUUCCAGAUAGUUUGGCUGUUUGUGUGUAUGUCUCCACCCCCAGGAGCCCCACCUGUGGUGGGAGCUACAAGGCUCCACUGGAGGCAUCACUCUGUCCACCAGAACGCUCACCCUGGAGAUGACUUGGCAUGAGAGAGGGAGGGGCAGGUUAGGAAGACGGAGUGAAACCUUUAAUCUUGGCCGAGGCUAUAGAUAUGAAGUGCCCCAGAGAGUCGGGCUCCCAGAGAACUCUUUCCAGCAGCGAUGACAACUUGGUUCUGUAGGGGACACAAAACAGGAUUCAUUUUCCGUUCAUAACAUCUAUUAAGUUCCUGCUGUAGUCCAGGCAUCAUGUUAUGCUCGGAAAUAUAAAGAUGAGUAAGACAUUGGCCAGACCCCAGGGCUUGAGCUUAAAUACCCCUUUGGCAGAUCUGUAGGUUCAGAAAACUAGAGCUGAGGAAGUUCUCUGUAGUCCCUUCUCUGGUACAUAAAGGAAAAGUGUGUCCAUGCGUUUUUAUUCAGCAUCUGAGCUGUGGUGCAGUGUAGACGGCAUAUCUGGAGUAGUAAGACUUCCACAAACAGGCUGGCCUUUGUCAGUGUGUUCACACCACCUGCUCUGCCCCUGCUGAUUGAAAUAUUGUAGGAACUGUUUUUCAGAAUGGUCUAAGCUUGUACAAGUUUUUAAACAGUUUUUGAGAUGGAUUUGAGUUUUGGAAACUACCAAGAGUUUUUCUGGACCAUGGCUGAUAGAUGAGGUGUAGCUGAUCAAACUGGCUGAUAGGGUUGUGGUAGAGCAGGGUGUGACCAUAAAACUGUGACGUUUCUCAUUGACUUAAUUUUGAAAACUACCAAUGGAAUCCAGAAAUAAAGGCUAACAUAUUGAGCCUUUACCAUAUGUCAAAUACUAUGCUUAACCCUUUGCUUGUAUCUUUUUAAAUACACUAGUGUCAGAUAAGAGGGAAAAUCUCAACUCUUAUUUAUGGAAUUACUCAUUUACUGGCUUUGCCUGUAGUUUGGCUGUGAGCUAAGUUUCCUCUCCAUUUCCUGGUUAAACCAUCUUCAUGCCUAAAAUCAAGUGUUCCCCUGCUUCUUGCCCUCUCUGCCCAGUCAGCCCUACUCCUAUUUCCAGAUCCACUCAGGCCCAAGGGACCCUGCAAGGCCACCAGCAUAGACUUCCAUUGAUCUCUGACUGCCUUUGGUCAUCCUGAAUGGACUUGCUGGUCUUGUAGGUGUUUCAUUUUUCCACUAAGAACCUGGGGGCAGGGACCAGGUUUGUCUGCCUCUCUGGUACCCAAUGUAACACUGCUCCGCCAGGGCCCUCGGGCUGACUGAAGGCAGCCCCACAGGAGGUGGCAGUACCACUCAGGUAAGUGCCGAGUCCUCCUGGUUCUAGCUGGUUACUAGUUCAGUACUUAAUGCUCACGUAGAGAAAGGAGUCCUCAAAGUCAUAACUUUUACUCAAGUAAAAGGCCACCCACUCUGAUCAUCCUCAGAUUGUCUGUGUCCAUUUUUAAAAUACAACCUUUGAUUUAUCUUUACACUCAGAGUGCUUUAGGGGCCCCCAGUCUCAAAGGAAGAUGAAUUUGCAUUGUUAUACAGAAAGGAAUCAAAUAUACUUUUAGAUGAUCUGUACUACCCCCUUCAGUUGGUAUAAAUAAUGGUUGAGUAUUCUAUAAAUGAGUUACAGCAAGGGCUACUUGAACUUCAUCCCAUAGUUCACUUACUCUUUACCAUUUAAUCCUACACUGAUUUGCAUUUUACUUAACUUCCCAUGUGUAUAAAUCUUUCUAUCUCUCUCAUAGCCUAGCCUAAUUCCAUAUAAUGUCAUAUCCUAAAAUAAAUGAGUGGAAUCGGUGGUUUAGCUGUAUAUUUUAAGAUAAAACCCAUUUCAUCUGUUGUAUCUAUUAAAAUUCAAAAUGUGCAUACUCCUUGACCUAGCCGUCUUCUAGGAAUCUUACCAGCAGAGAAAUUUGCACAAUUAUAAAGAUAUAAAUUAUAAAGAUACAGAUACAAGAAUGCUCACUAGAGCGUUGUCUGUAAUAGGAAAAAAAAGGAAAUAACUACGAGAAAUAACUAAAUGUCUAUUGAGAAAGUAAACCAAAGAAAUAAAAUAUGGUGCAUCCAGACAAUAAAUUACUGUUCAGUCAUUGAAAAGAAUCAGAUAGUUCUAUAUGUACUUGUCUGGAAGGAGGCACUGAAAGACAGUUACAUGUGUAUGUUUCUAAAGUCAUACAAAAACAGUCUUGUAGAAAAAGAACCAAAAUAUUAAUACUGCUUAGCCAGUAUGGCAAGUGAAGGGCCCAGGAUAAUAUGUUAGGCUUUGUGGGAUGUCAGUCUGAGGCAGCUGAUCAACGGUAUAGUAGCAGCUGUAAAGAAAGGAAUGACCGUGGCUAUAUCCCACUAAAACUUGAGACACUGCAAGUUGAACUUCAUAUAAAUUUCAUGUGUCAAAAUAUAUUUUUUGAUCAUUGCACACAUGUCAGUGAUUUUUAGUUCAUGGGCUAUACAAAAACGGGCAGCCAGCUAGAGUUGGCCCACAGGCUCUAAUUUGCUAACCUCUGCUGUAGAGGAUGAAAUUGGAGGGGUAGCAAGGGAAACUUUUCACCAAAAUUGAUGGGAUUAUGUGUGAGUGUGUUUUUGUGUGUGUCCCUCUAUUUUUCAAAUUAAAAAAUCUAAAAUACAUACAAAAUGAGAUCAUCCCCAAAUCCCAGCCUUAGAACAAAUGCAGAUAUCAAAGUGGUACAGUCUUGGUACUCACCUUUUUCUUUGACCUCACAGUGAUCAUAGAGCUCCCAAACCUUGAGCCUGCCUGAAAAACACACUCUGUUAACUGUCUGUUAGUAGCCUUUGAAAACGCACCAUGGGGCUUCUCUGGUGGCACGGUGGUUAAGAAUCCACCUGCCAAUGCAGGGGACACAAGUGCCCUGGAGGAUCCCACAUGCGGUGGAGCAACUAAGCCCGUGCACCACAACUACUGAGCCUGCGCUCUAGAGCCCGCGAGCUGUAACUACUGAAGCCUGCGUGCCUAGAGCCCGUGCUCCGCAACUAGAGAAAGCCCGCGCACAGCAACACAGACCCAACGCAGCCAAAAAUAAAUUUAUAAAAAAACCCACCAUGUUAUUUUAUCAACUUGAAAUAAGGGAAAGGGCUUUUUUUUUUUUUUUGGUAGUUUUUCAUUUUUUUCAGAAGGUACUUACUUCAGGAGAAAUCAAUACGUAUUGGGCCUGAAAGAAAGUGAUGAGAAAGGGAGACAAUGUUAUUACUGUUCAUGGGGUUUUUUUUAAACCAAUUUUAAUUACACCCUUACACUCACAUUUCUUCAUUUUAGAGAAGCCCUUUGUCACCAGAAAUUCUUCUUAUAGUUUAGCUCAGAAAAAUAGAUGUAUAAAAAUGUUUAUAUGUGAAUAUUUCUUACUGUAACAGCAAAAAUUUGAAAUGGACUAAUAAUAAUCACUUAAUGAUUAGACUGGUUUAUCUACAGAUAAAAUACUAGGUAUCUGGUAGAUAUAUUGUAUAAGACUAUAGGAAGGCAUAGAAAACAAAGUUGUAUACAAAAUCAUGUACAGUAUGGUCACCACCGUUAAUAAGAUACGCACAGUGUAGUGGUUAAGAGUGCACUUUAGAAUCAGCUCUUGGUUCAAGUCUCUGUUCUGCUAUUUCCUAGCUGUGUGACCUGUAACAACUUCCUUCUCCAAUCUUCAGUUUCUUUAUAAUGGGUAUAAAAUACCAAAUUAAUAGCUUUGAUGUGGAUUAGAUUUUUUAUGUGUAGCAUAGUGCUAGGCACAGAGUGAAUGCACAAUAAAUGGUAGCAAUUAAGUUUAGCAAAAUCCUAGAAGGAUUAAACAUCAAAGGGUAAUAGACGUUAUCUCUGUAGAGUAGAAUUCUAGGUAGAUUUUAAUUUUCUUUGUACCGUGUAUUUUCUAAUAUUUUUACAAUAAACUUUCAUUUUUUGCAAUUUAAAAAGUAAUUUUUAAGUUUAAAAAUAACAGCCAAGUUAAGGAAACCCACCUGAGAAAAGGAAUAAAACAAAGCAAUGAAAGAUGAAAUAAAAAGAUUGGGAGUCUUCAUGAAACUCCAAUGGCCGUGGCCUGUUUUCUUCUGCCGUGGGCUCCUAACCAAGCAGUGGCCGGCUAUGACCAAGAACCAAUAUGACACCCCAUCCAACUGCAGCUGUGGGGGGUGAACACUGCAGAACUGCUGGUAAGCAGGCAGCCUGGGCCUACAAACACGAGCAUGGGAUGGUGUCCUGACCCCAGGUAAGGGGCAGGUUACCUGAGUUCAGGCAGAAACUAAUAAGAGUUCUGUAGUGGACAUAAUUUAUUAAGGCAUCAGGAAGUAGCCAUCCUUUCCCAGGAUGGUAUGGAAUUGUGUACAAGAACAGUUACCUUUUCUUCUGGACAUGGAGCUACCCAUGAUUUGCAUUUGCCUGUCAUGUCGCCCAGGGUGACCUGUUUGCCAUUAUACACAUAGACACGGCCAUCUUCUCCCCCAAUCAGUCCAGAGGUUACAUCUGUGAUCCUCAGUGGGGCUGCCAUGAUGAUUUCAUCUGUAAACAAUGAAAACCAGCAGCAGGAAGUAUCUACUCGCUGUCAUUGUUCCACUACACUACUGGAUCCUGACCCAACCUUCCACAAAUAAUAUUAGUACAUCUUUUACUAGGUCUGUCCUGAUUUCAUUCCAACGUAGUCAGAGGCUUUUGUUUUCUGUUAUCAUUCAUUAAUAAUAGUUGAUGUGGGUGGCUCUCGUGUCACCAUGUUCAAAAAGUACUACUCUUGUACAUCCGGCUAUGGGCUUGAUUCAUUAUGAGGGUAGAGCCUAGGUGAGCCACUUAGGGGGACUCAUCUAUUAAGCAAAGGACUUUCUUAUUGGCCCGAGACACCGUUCCUUCCUACCUAAGCCAUCGUUAUCCAGGUCACUCAAGUGCAGAACGCCACCAAAUCGGGAGAAGCGGCGGUCUCCACUGAAGGUGCUGAGCAGAGAAGGCUGCAAGUCAGGUGGCAGUUUGUACAUCCGAGUGCUUCCACCUUGGCGCAAGGUCGUGGUCAGGAAUGCCAUCUUACCCGCGACAUCUGAAAUAAACCACAGUAUGGUAACUGCUGCCAUCACAAGGACGAAGAUAGGACAUAGACGUUAUCGGUUACUUUGUGUCAUUGACUUUCAGGAUUACUGCGAGAUGGUCAAAUUUGUGAAUGCCAAGGUUUUUUUUUAAUAUAUGAUCAUUAUAAAAGGUGUGGGAAACACCCCAAAAAAGUAUAAAGAAGAAAACGUAUGUAAAGCAUAUAUUUCUUUCUGGACAAUGAUCUGUACUUACAUAUACACACAUUUUAAUGGGGGUUUUUGCAGAUUAUAAAAUUCUUUUUACACUCAGGCCAUUUUUAACUUUUUGCUUUUAUAAUGAAUACUAUGAUAAAUAUCCUUCCCUGUAGUUCUGAGUAGUUUAUGAGAACAGAUUCUUAGAAGGGGCCCAUAUAGCCUUGGACUUGGGGAAUGGCUCUUGCCAGACCUCUUUCUAGAAAAGGUAUAUCGGUUCACAUUUCACAAGCAGUGUGUCAGUUCCCAUCUCACUUCAACUUUGCCAUCAUUGAGUAUUCUUUUUCAUACUGAAAGUACUUCAGUGUUUAAUCAGCACCCUAAAAUCCUCACUGAAUGUUCAAACUUGUGUAUAGUGGCCACAGCCAGACCCAGAGAUCCUGCCGAGGCAGGGGACAGGGCGAGAGGGACAAGCCUAACUGUCCUACUCAAACUUGCCCUGAAAGUAGAUCAGAUUUUUCGCAUUUAACUUAAUCUGUCCAUAGAGCUGCAAUUCCCCAACUAUACACUGAAACACUUCAGCGAACUCACGGGGGAUACGGCAGGUGUCUUGAACUUUUGCUGGUAACACAGUGACAUCUGUCUGCCGCCACAUGACCUACCUGCUGGAAGUGGGUCAUAGUUUCAACAUUAGAUCCCUAUGUUCCUUUCAAUGAUGUCACAUCUUUGCAAAACUGGGAUUUUAUCAUAAUGGGUUGUUAUGGUAAAAUGCAGGUACCACUAGAAAAUCAGUGUGGAUCGAAAUGAGGAUAGCGGUGUCUAAUCUGAUUCCAGGGUUUGAGAAGUGGUACAGUACCCCAAAGGAGCUGUUAGGACAUAAACACAGCAUCUGCAACCUACUGAGUCACACGGGGCCCCAUACUGAGAAAGGCCCUGUGCUUGGUGUUAAGAAAAAUUAUCCAGAAUUUCAGGUAACAAAUUUUGUCUGGGCCCCUCAAAUUAUGUGGGUGAAAUACAAUCAAAAUACAAGUAAAAAUAGGAAAAUCUGAGCGAGAUUGGUGGAUUAUAUCUGUUGAUAACCCAGUUGUGACACUGGUUAUGGUGUGCAGAUUAUCAUCAUCGGGGAAAACUGGAUAAAAUGUAACAUGACCUCUUUUAUUUCUUACAACUGCAUGUGAAUUUAUAAUUAUCUCAAAAAGCAUCAUUUAUAUAUAUGUAUCAUGAUAUAUAUAAUUAACCUUUAUAUUCUGUAUUUUAUACAAUAUUUGAUAAUGGAGAAAAUUAUUAAGGCAGUAAAGGGACUAAAACUAAGAAAAUUUGGGAAGCUCUAAUUCACAGCACUCUGGGGGCAAGAGUGCUGAGACAAAAUUAGUAAUGUGUGUUGCAAGAGUUUAGAAAUCACUAUCUAGACUCUGUAAAGGAGAAAAAAAAAUAUUCCAAAGCUAAGUCAGCAACUUUCUGUUGUAAUGCUUUGUCCUCACUCAUGCAAGGAAAGAUUUAACCAUUCCUUUGCCCAAUCCACUUCUACUAUCAUUCAAAUAUAUUGUAUGAAACGAAAAUCUUUCUGAAAAAUAAUUUCACAAUAUGUAGUAAGAGUCUUAAGAUUAGCCCCUCUAGCAAUAGGAUGAUGGUAGUAAAUGUUGGCAUGUGUGUAUGGAAAAAAUGUGAUACAAGUAUCAAAAGUAAUGUUUUAGAAGAAUAUUUAACAUGAGAACAUGCUUAAGAUAUAAAAUAUUAGGUGUGAAAAAACAUGUAUGCAUUUAAGCUUUAAAAUAUCUGGGUAAGGGGUGAUUUUUUUCUUCUCUAUACUUAUAUUUUCACAAAUUUCUACAAUAAGCAUAAUUUACUUUUAUACUCUUGGAGGGAGUAGAUUUUUGUUUUAUUCUUUUAACUCACCUAUAAAUUAAACAAAAUAAUGUUUUAUUAACAUACA